GAAAUCCCCAAAAUUUUUAAACCCCGCCUUCUUCUCCUACAUUCAUUUCCAUAUUGUGUCUCAUGUCUCCCCUCCCUCGUCUCUACCUCUCACCCACAUCCACUGCUUCCAAUCACCGUUGCCUCUUCUAGCCUCAGGCUGCGGCGAUGCACCUUCCUUCUCGAAGAACGCUUAAUUUACUACCAUCGUCCAAUUAUAUGAGCCCAAGGAAAUGACGAGACGAAGAAGAUUAUGGAUCAAUCGCUUCACAUCAUGUUUAAGGUUAAGUUUUAGAUUUCGUCUGAUUUUGUAAUCUCUCUCAAUCGCCUUCUUCUCCUACAUUCUCUUCCCCAAACCCUAACUUCUUCUCCCUUGAUGGAUUAUAACUUUAAUAUGCGCUAAUAUCAUAGUUACAGGGAUCGCUAUAUCAGCCACGAUCCACGUUUUGAACGUUUUUCGUUCCUAAUUGUUGUAUGUUAUCGUUCCGAUUGUUAGCAGAAACGUACUUCAGUACGGAAACUCCACAAUCCCACUGAGUGGCAAAAUCGAUUGCUAGAACGUGUUUUUAGCGAUCGGAAUUGGUCCAAUACGUGAUUAGGAUCGCAAUUUGGAGUUUGGGUCGACAAUUUUACGUUUUUGAACGCCGAUUUGCUACCCUGUUGCCACCGUUUGUCUAAUUGGUCCAAUACGAUAGUCCAUUUAUUUGGUAUUCCUUCUGGAUACUCGAUUAUUCACGCUCAUAGCAUGCGCAUAAGCGAUUUAAUUAGUUAAAAACAUAUUAUUGUAUGUGUGGUGAAAUUGUUCAGUGAUUUAGGGUUUUCGGACCUCAAGAACUUUCCUAACCUUACUUAUGCCAACCCUAAAUUUUUGGGAGGAAGGGAUAUCUAUAAAUCCCUGAUCUUAGGUAACUAGAAUUGAAGGAUGGAGUACAUGUACAAGUCAACAGAAUGUAUCUGAUAUUGGAUGUCAAUUUCUUCUAUCAUAUUAAUGCUCCUUUUCAGUUGUUAUUGUUUACCAGGUUGUGUAAAAGGAAGAGAGCAUCAGUUAUUAUCCAUCUCAUAUCAUAAUUUAUGCUUCCAUUUGAGUUCAGAGGAGGCCUAAUAUCAGUUGUUGAGUACAUGGAAGAAGUCCUGAUAAAUCCCAAGGCUGGUUUUUAUAUCAAUCGGGAUGUUUUUGGUGCAGAAGGUGACUUCAUAACAUCCCCUGAAGUAAGCCAAAUGUUUGGAGAGAUGGUUGGUGUUUGGGCAACGUGUUUGUGGGAGCAAAUGGGGCAACCAAAUAGAGUCAAUCUAGUUGAGUUUGGGCCAGGAAGAGGAACUCUCAUGGCUGAUCUUCUAAGAGGUGCUUCAAAGUUUGAGAAGUUCACAAAAUCCCUAAACAUACACAUGAUUGAAGUUAGCCCAACAUUAAAGAAGAUCCAAAAGCUUACUUUAAUAUGA